AUGUCCAAGUAAGCUCUUUUAUAACAACUUGAGACUUUUGUUAUAGUAGAUAUGGGAGUUGCUAGUAGGCUUUUGCUAUAUAUUGGUGAUGAGAAGUUGUAUGCAGGGACGUCGUUUGGGGAGGGGGUAGGGGGGGGGGGGUACCCCCUGAUUCGAAAAAAAUUCCACAGGUAGGUGAACCUGUACGUGAAAAAACGAAAAAAAAUAUUUGGAAAAUCGGUCCACAUGUAAAAAAAAUUUUUUCGGCCUCCCCCUCCCCCAGAGAAAAUCCGUAGCGACGUCCCGUUGUAUGCAUGAGAUUUUUUUGCUCAAACUUCUUCAUAAGUUUACAAAAUGUUAAAAGUUUCAGGCGAAAAUCUACAUACGAUAGACAAAUUCCUUCGGAUGGAAAUCAGAGGAAGCAGAACGAUGAGCAAGAAUAUGAAACUCCUACGGUAAGGUUUUAACAAAUUUAACAAUUGUUUUGGGUGUUGGUUAUAAUAUUUUUAUACAUUUUUAAAGAUGUUUUCUUUAGUACUUAUAUUUUUUGACGUAUUUAUUGUCGCAUUUGAGCAAAAAUAAUUUUUUAAUUUAUUUUUUUUCAGGACCAAGGCUACGUUAUGCUGAACCUCAAGUCCAGCAAAUCUGAUGAAAAAGUUCCCGAAAACCGUUCAAAAGACGUUUUCCACACUUUAUCCGAGAUGGAGCGAGCUGGAACGCCAUCGGAUCGACAAUCUCGACGUGACGAGCCUUCUGAAUCCGCACGUCAGCCGAGAAGACGUCGUGAUCGUGCUCCUGACCUUCACGAAGGCAGAGGAGGUUCACGAUACCGAGAAAGUGAGAAAGACGAUGUUGAGAGAGGAGAUGGCAGAGAAAGAGAGACAAGCAAAAGCAAUAACAGAAGACGCAAAGAAAGUAGUACCGAAGCCGCGAUGAAACGCCGACGUGAAGCCGGAAGAAUCAGUCGCCAACGGCCUUCAUAUGAAGAGAAGCCUGAUCCAAGAAAAGGUACCGAUGGGGCACACAAAGAUGACUCUUCCUACGAAAUGGUCGACCUCAGUAAUGUUGAUACGUUACCGUCGCCUCCAAAAGAUGGCAGUGAAGAACCUUCGACCAGCACGGCCGUUGAAAACACUGACAGAAAACGUGUAAGACGAAGAGAAAGGAGAGAUAAGGAAAAGAGAAGACAAGAAAGUGAAGUAGCUAGAAGACAAGAAAGAGUAAAAGCAAGAAAAGAAAGCGAAAAAGGAAAUGAAAGAAGGCAAGAAAGUGCUCCAAUAGAAGAAGAUAAUGAAAAAGAGAAGAAGGAGGAAGAGCAGGAGCGAAUGAAGAAGGAAAUGGACGAAUUCUGGAAUCGAGUACCAAAGAAGAAGGACAAGAAACCUCAGGAACAAACUCAUAAUAGGAAACAACGUACCAAGUCUUCAACUCAAGCUAAAAACCAGAAGCCUAAAAAGAGCAAAAGUGGACCAAAAACUGGUACCAAGCCUAAAAAUGGCACCAGAGGGAAAAGUGAAACCAAUUUAAACAAAGGCACGGGUUUGAAUACUAGUACUAGUUUCAAUAUGACCACUAGUCCCGGCAGUGCUACCAGUCCGAGACAGAGUACCUCCAGAGUAAAUGCUCAGUUCCUUGAGAAUCUCCUGACCGCUCAUGAGAAGUCUGGUGAUCUGGAAUAUAAACCAAGUGGUACCAACUCGACUAAUUCUAGUAGUACAGGUAACACUGCAUCCAGUACCAGUAGCACCAGCAACACCUUGGAAAAGCCAAGCAGCUCGAAUCUGUCAGUAAAGAAGUCGUUUAUGAAUUUGUCAUCUGACACUAUUGGCAGUCUAAAUGGCAUUCCUCAAGUACCACCUGAAGUUGUGGCAAAGUCAGAGAAGUACAGACGAUUGUCUGCCAUUUCACAGAACUUUAAACCCAAGGAGAGUGAGAAACAAAGUCUGAAUGGGACUUUGAACGACUCGGACAAAUCUACUGGAUUGCGGUCGAUCAAAGGUAUGCCAAAUUUUUAACAUUUUUUAUUUUGGAGAUAUUCUAAAAGCCAGCAAAGAAGUUUAAAAAUAUUGUAGUUUUUUAAAAGUUUUGUUUUCAGACGUGAAAGACUUGGAGAGGGCACUACUGAAAGGAGAAGCAGCGAGGAAGAAGAAAGAAACCCGAGAACUGGAAUCUCUGCCCCCAGCUCAAAAUACCCUUCCUCCUCGACCUCCAGCCAAUGAAGAAGGGAUUCCGUUGUCCUUAAAGCAACGUGAAUACCUACAAGACUUCAAGGAUAGGUACACCUUGGCCAAGGAAGAAGCCAGACGAACCAAAGCGGCCUUGUGGAAAGCCAGUGUUCAAGCUGUUGUGAGUGAACAGAAGGCCCUCAAGCUGAAGAAGGAGUUCUUGCGGAUCAAGAGACAACUUCUCGAGAUGAAGAACAGAAGUAAGUUGUCUAACAUAGUAUACUACAAGACUUUUUGACUGUAUUAAUAUCUUGUACUUUAAAAUUACCUUCAGGUAGAGUAAGAACUAGCACUCCAAGGCCUUCGAUGUCUGAUGGUAGUGACCUUUUGUCCAGAAGCGUGAAUUCGACUGCCAGAAGCAGCUACUGCUUCUCUCAAUAUAACCUUGACGAUGGCCAAGCUGAAGGAUACGAAACUGCUGAUCCACGUGAAGUCUACAUUCGAAGUGAAAGUAGUCAGCCAUCCGCUGGAAUCGCACGCUCUGGAAACCGAAGAUACAGAUCUGCUAACUAA